AUGGCAAAUGACGGGAAGAAGGUCGCCAAGUCCGCCUCGGACGGUGAGCAGCGGUUCACCUUGCAGCAAUUACAGCAGGUGAUGGAGGCCCUUCGCCUCGUCACGGAGCAGGAAUCAGCCGAGCGUCAAAUAUGGCGAGAUGUUGAAGCCAGUAGCCCCCCAACGACCUCAGCUCCUCAGCCCUCGACGUCCGCAGGUAACGUUACCCGAGCGGGUGGCGGCAGUGGCGGCACAGCUCCUGACCCGGCUCCCCCGGCUCCUCCCUCUUCACCUGCCGUGCGGAUCACAACGGGCGCGACAGGCCAUCGAGGUGCCGCUCGCAGCAUGGUACACACCGCCGUCGGCAACGAAGAGCGUGGGGGUGGAACCUGCGACACCUGCGGCGGCAACUGCGGUGGCGCCGUCUACCAUCGCGCCGUCGAGGACAUAGAUCCUGGAGAAGCUGCCGGGGGCAUCCGGUGGUAUAGCAUUACCCGUGGCCAAGCCGUGGGGGUGUUCCGCGACUGGAUGACCGUCGCUCCCCUGGUAACGGGAGUUCCGAACGCAGUUUUCCAGCGCCACCCGACGUACGGUGCUGCGCUCGCGGCGUUCAUGCGAGCGGCGAACAACGGAAACGUCGCCAUCAUUCUUUAG